CAGUGCGUCCAGUCGUCUGGGGUGGGAAGGGCUGGGGGUAGCCCGCGGCUCGGAGACGGUCAUGGGCGCCCGCUGAAGGCCCGCCGAGAGCAGGAGGGGCGAGGCCGGUCCCGCACGCUCCCGGGCCCGCGCCUGCGGGCUGGCCGGCCCGGCGGGAGGAUGAGCUGGUUCAACGCGUCGCAGCUCUCCAGCUUCGCCAAGCAGGCCCUGUCCCAGGCGCAGAAGUCCAUCGACAGGGUCCUGGACAUCCAGGAGGAGGAGCCGGGCGCCUGGGCCCAGACCAUCCCCUACGGGGAUCCGGGAAUAAGUCCCCCUGUCAGUGGAGGAUGGGAUACUUCAACCUGGGGAAUAAAAUCAAACGCAGAGCCGCAGAGUCAACCAGCAGCCUCUCCCAAAGCAAUUACAAAGCCAGUUCGGAGAACGGUGGUAGAUGAAUCUGAAAAUUUCUUCAGUGCCUUUCUCUCGCCAGCGGAUGUCCAGACCAUUCAGAAGAGUCCAGUGGUAUCCAAACCGCCGGCUAAAUCACAGAGACCAGAAGAAGAAGUGAAAAGCACCUUACAAGAGACCGUGCACACUGGAGGGUCAAGAACACCUGAAACAACUGAGUCAAAAGGGACUGACUCUUUUCCCUGUGUAUCCCCUGGGGAAAAUCGGGCAGUCGCCACUCUGUCACCUAAAACUGAAGGCGAGCAUGGAGAAACCGUUAAUAAAGAUUCUGAUAUGAAGGUGUCAACCACAAGUUUGAAAGUAUCUGAGAGUGUAAUUAAUGUUAAAACCACUAGGGAAAGUGCAUCUAACAUGUCUACGCAGUCUCCCACAGCAGAAACAAAGGACAUAGCUUCAGAAGCAAAGGAACAGAAACACGAAGACAGACAGAGCAAUACACCUUCUCCUCCCGUUAGUACCUUCUCCUCAGGUACUUCUACUACCAGUGAUAUCGAAGUUCUAGAUCAUGAAAGUGUAAUAAGUGAGAGCUCAGCAAGUUCGAGACAAGAGACUACAGAUUCAAAAUCAAGUCUUCACUUGAUGCAGACAUCUUUUCAGCUUCUUUCAGCAUCUGCUUGUCCUGAGUAUAAUCGUUUAGACGACUUCCCCAAACUCACUGAGAGUUGCUGCUCAUCUGAUGCUUUUGAAAGAAUAGACUCGUUUAGUGUACAGUCAUUAGAUAGCCGAAGUGUAAGUGAAAUCAAUUCAGACGACGAAUUGUCAGGCAAGGGUUAUGCUUUAGUACCUAUUAUAGUUAAUCCUUCAACCCCAAAGACUAAAGUAGUUGAACCUGUUGAAGGAAAAUCUGAGGAAGAAGUAAAUGAAACAGUUAUACCCACUGAGGAAACAGAAAUGGAAGAAAGUGGACGGAGUGCAACUCCUGUGAACUGUGAACAGCCUGAUAUCUUGGUUUCUUCUCCGCCAAUAAAUGAAGGACACACUGUCUUAGACAAGGUGGCUGAGCAGUGCGAAGCUGCAGGAAGUCAGCCAGAAGCACUUUCUGAGGAGGAGGACAUUUGCAAGAAAGUUGCAUUUCUGAACGAGAAACUGGACAAAAGGGAGGCUCAGUUAUUAUCUCUUAGUAAAGAAAAAGCACUUCUAGAAGAAGCUUAUGAUAAUCUGAAAGAUGAAAUGUUCAGAGUGAAAGAAGAAAGCAGCAGCAUUUCUUCCUUGAAAGAUGAGUUUGCUCAGAGAAUUGCUGAAGCAGAAAAGAAAGUUCAGCUAGCCUGCAAAGAGAGGGAUGCUGCUAAAAAGGAAAUCAAAACUAUGAAAGAAGAACUUGCGACUAGAUUAAAUUGUAGUGAAACUUCAGACCUUUUGAAAGAGAAAGAUGAGCAGAUCCGAGGAUUAUUGGAAGAAGGAGAAAAACUUUCAAAACAGCAGUUGCAGAGUUCUAACAUCAUUAAGAAAUUAAGAGCUAAAGACAAAGAAAAUGAAAAUAUUAUUGCAAAGCUGAAGAAAAAAGUUAAAGAGCUAGAAGAAGAGUUGCAACAUUUGAAACAGGUCCUUGAUGGUAAAGAAGAAGUUGAGAAACAACAUAGAGAAAAUAUUAAAAAACUAAAUUCUGUGGUCGAACGUCAAGAGAAAGAUCUUGGCCAACUUCAAGUAGCUAUGAAUGAACUUGAAGAAAAGAACCGAAGUAUUCAGGCUGCUCUUGACAGUGCAUACAAAGAACUUACUGAUCUCCACAAAGCCAAUGCUGCAAAGGCUAGUGAGGCACAGGAAGCUGCUCUGAGUCACGAAAUGAAAGCUAAGGAAGAACUUUCUGCAGCUCUAGAGAAGGUCCAAGAAGAAGCCCGUCAGCAGCAAGAAGCAUUAGCCAUUCAGGUGGGGGACCUGAGGCUGGCCCUGCAGCGUGCAGAACAAACAGCUGCCAGAAAAGAGGAUUAUCUGCGCCAUGAGAUCAGUGAACUCCAGCAGAGACUCCAGGAAGCAGAAAAUCGAAACCAGGAACUGAGUCAAAGUGUUUCGUCAACGACAAGACCAUUGCUUCGACAGAUAGAAAAUUUGCAGGCAACACUAGGGUCCCAGACAUCGUCGUGGGAGAAGUUAGAGAAGAAUCUCUCUGACAGGCUGGGCGAAUCUCAGACCUUGCUGGCAGCAGCCGUUGAAAGAGAACGUGCGGCUACGGAAGAACUCCUUGCCAACAAAAUUCAGCUGUCUUCCAUGGAGUCACAGAAUUCUCUCUUAAGACAGGAAAACAGUAGAUUUCAGGCCCAGCUAGAAUCAGAGAAAAAUAGGCUAAUAAAACUGGAAGAUGAAAAAAAUAGGUACCAGGUUGAAUUAGAAAACCUAAAAGAUGAUUAUGUGAGAACACUGGAAGAGACAAGGAAAGAAAAGACACUGUUGAAUAGUCAGUUAGAAAUGGAGAAAAUGAAAGUUGAACAAGAACGGAAGAAAGCCAUUUUUACUCAAGAAGCAAUAAAAGAAAAGGAACGGAAACCAUUUUCUGUUUCUAGCACGCCCACAAUGUCACGAUCAAGUUCAAUAAGUGGAGUUGAGAUGGCAGGCCUGCAAACAUCUUUCCUGUCUCAGGAUGAGCCUCAUGAUCUCUCACUUGGACCAAUGUCUGUAUCAGCAAGUGGAAGCAAUCUUUAUGAGGCUGUAAGGAUGGGGGCAGGAUCCAGCAUUAUCGAAAAUCUACAGUCCCAGCUACAACUAAGGGAAGGAGAAAUUACUCAUUUACAGGUAGAAAUUGGCAGUCUAGAAAAAACACGCUCCAUAAUGGCUGAAGAGCUAGUUAAAUUAACAAAUCAAAAUGAUGAACUCGAAGAGAAAGUGAAGGAGAUACCCAAACUUCGAACUCAGCUAAGAGAUUUGGAUCAGAGAUACAACACUAUUUUGCAGAUGUAUGGAGAAAAAGCAGAAGAGGCGGAAGAACUUCGAUUAGAUCUUGAAGAUGUAAAAAAUAUGUAUAAGACUCAAAUAGAUGAACUUUUAAGACAGAGGCUCAGUUAACUUCUGAAAAUUACAUUCCCAUCAAACUGAAUGUAAUCAUUUAAUAAUAAAUGCAGACUUUCAAUAAAUUCUCUUGUAGAAUUAGAAAGUGGAAUUUAUUAUAGAGAUAAAACAUUGGAAAAAGUUUUAUAGUAUAUAGUAAUAUUUGAAGUUAAAUUAUUUUGUGCAAUAUUUGAACUUUAUUUUUGAAACUAUCUUUAAAGAUUUAUUUUUUAAAGCAUCUUUUUUUUUUUUUUCCAUGAAUAGCACCGAGAUUUAUUACUUUAUCCUUAUGUCAGUAUGGUUGGGGAAGAAGAAUGGUGUUCAUACAUUGUAUUAUAGAUAAAAACUAAUUAUUUCUAUAAUUUAUAUGUUUGUAUAUAUUGAGAACAUUUAAUGAGUCAUAUUGACAUAUUGAAACUUUGAAAUCUUUCACACUUAAAUCUUCAACAUUUCUAUUUACUGCUCAUGAAAAUGGACAUUAAGUGUCCAAUUUUAAAAAAAUAUUAAACUUCCUGUUACUAAAUUUUGAACUUAAUAUUUUUCCUUUAAAGUAGAAGUCACACUGACACAGGAGAUUAAAGGAUGAAUAAUUUAAGUUAAAAACAUUUUUGUGGCCCUAGCCGGUUUGUGUCUCAGCGGAUAGAACCUGCAAAGGGUCCUGGGUUCGAUUUCCAGUCAAGGUCACAUGCGUUGAUUGCAGGUUCCUCCUGGCCCAGGCCCUGGAUUGGGGCUCCUGCAGGAGGUAACCAAUUGAUGUGUUUCUCUCACAUCAAUGUUUCUUUCUGUCUUUCCCUCUCUCUUCCGCUCUCCCUAAAAAUCAAUACAAAAUAUCCUCGGGUGAGGAUUAACAACAACAACAAAAAAAACUAAAACAUUUUUGUGGUCAAGAUUUAUUUUACCCAGAUUCCACAAUUAAGUCUGUACAAAUUGUGUUACUGUCUGGAGCAAGCUAAGCUGUGCAGUUAUCUAGGCAUGGUUGGAUAAUGGGGAAAAUGUGCUCAGAAUGAUUUGUGAUGGUAUCAGUAACAUUUAAGCGAUUUUGAAGAGGUUUUGUUUGUACUACCCUAUGAAAUGAAUCAACAUAAUAAAAUUGUUAAUAUAA